GCAAUUUUGCAUUGCAAACUUUAGUGUAUGCAUGUCAUUUAGACGACCAUGGAAAAUCAUAGGUUGAUGUUGGUGUUUGUAGUUAUGGUGUCAUGUUCUGAAUUGGCACGAAUGGCAAAUGGGCGUGAAGAAGAUAAUGAUGAGCACCUGAUGAUGAUGUACUGGAAGAGAAUUAUGAUAGUGGAUGAAUCAGGAAAGACGGGCGACUUUAAGAAGAUACAAGAUGCAAUUGAUGCAGUUCCAUCAAACAAUGUGGAUCCAACAUUUAUAAGAGUAGAACCAGGAAUUUACAAAGAGAAGGUUACUGUUCCUCAAGAUAAACCCUUUAUAACACUUAGUGGGAGAAAUGCUUCUUCUACGGUUAUUACUUGGAAUGAUGGUUCUGAUAUCUUUAAAUCACCUACGGUUACUGUUUUUGCUACUGAUUUUGUGGGACGUUACCUCACUAUUCAGAAUACAUACGGUAUUGAUACCAAAGACAAAGCAGUAGCAUUAAGAGUUACAAGUGAUAGAGCUGCUUUCUAUGCUUGUAGAAUUAUAUCCUACCAAGAUACUCUUCUAGAUGAGAGUGGUAGACAUUUUUACAGCAACUGUUAUAUUGAAGGAGCCACGGACUUCAUUUGUGGAAAUGCAUCCUCUCUUUUCCAGAAAUGUCAUUUGCAUUCAAGUUCCGAAGACAAUGGAGCAAUAACAGCACAACAUAGAAUGACAGAAGAAGAUGAUUCAGGAUUUUAUUUUGUGGGAUGUAAAAUAACAGGACUCAAAACUUGUACAUUAGGCAGACCAUGGGGUCCUUAUUCAAGAGUGGUUUUCUCACAAACUUAUAUGUCUUCUACGGUACUACCUCAAGGAUGGGAUGAUUGGGGCAAACCUGAUACCCACAAAACGGCUUACUAUGGUGAAUACGAGUGCUAUGGUCCAGGAGCUAACACAACAAGUCGAGUUGAUUGGUCACUUAAGCUCUCUAAUCAACAGGCCAUACCCUUUAUCACUAUGACCAAAAUGGAUGCUAAAGCUUGGGUUUUCGCUUGA